GCAGUCGGUCAUCGUUUCAAUUAUAUUAUUUUCAUUUCACUGGUGACUCGCAAUGGUCUUACAUUGUUUCGUUGAAUUGUUUAUUAAAACCUGUGACCAUAAUACCUGAGUACUGAAACAUUUAAUUUUUGCUGUAGCAGUUGUUUGAUUUAAAAUAAUGAAAUAUAUGUGUCUGUGCCAAUUUUAGUGCUUGCGAAGAAGGUAGCUGUUGUUUUGUUUUAAUUAUUACCAUCGUGCUUUGACUGAUUAUUUUAGUGCUAACAAAAUGAGUGCCAAAAAAGUUUUCGAUACAAAAGUUCUAGACGAUGAAAACUCAGAUUCUGGUUUUCUAUCUGGACCAAUAAGUGAACAGCUGUCUGAGGAUUUCGAUUCUCGCGAGCACACAGAACCCACAGAACCUACAAAUAAAAGUGACAAGAACACUAUUAGUGAGAAUACAGACUUAGACAGUGGCUUAGAUUUGUGUUUGUCAGAGUGUCUAUCAAAUGUGAACCUUGGAGAUACUCCCACAGCCCAGGCUCCUAUUAUUGUAAUUGAACCAGAGAGGACUCAGGACAUCCCACCGCUUGCUAUUCUGUUCCAGCAGGAUGAUGAUGGAGACACACAACUCCACAUUGCUGCUGUGCAUGGCUGUGAAAAGUCUGUGGGGACCCUAAUUAGGGUAUGCCCAGAAACUGCAUGGUUAGAUGUUCCCAACAACUACGGACAUACUCCACUUCACUUGGCUGUAUUGAGCGGCCACGCUGUAGUCACAAGGAUGCUCGUGAGAGCAGGAGCAUCACUUGGCAUCAGAGACAGGACGGGCGGCACUCCACUCCACAUUGCAGUGGAAAGAAAUAACCUUGAAUGUUUACAAGCCCUGCUCGCCCGUGUACCAGAACACCCACCUAGAAAAUUGGCCACAGUAUUGGACCAGAAAAAUUAUAGAGGCCAGGCGUGUGUCCACGUGGCUGCCAUCUCGGGACACCUGGAGACGCUGCAGAUGCUGCUCUACUACGGAGCUGAUAUCAACGUCACGGAAAACCUGGCCGGUCGCACGGCGCUACACAUGGCCGCACAGCGUGGGGACGUCCGCCUCGUCAAGCACCUGCUCGAGCGAUGCAGGGGCGUGACACGCGACGCGCUCGACUACGCGGGCCGGACGCCGCGCAAGCUCGCCAAGCGUAGCGGCGCGGCGCGCAUGCUCGCCAACUUGCUCGGCGACGAUGAUGACGACUCUGAUACCGACGAUGAUAUCUACGAUAGCGACGGUGAGGUGGAGAGUCUGUUCGAGAAACUUCGACUGACCCAGAACCCGAUCAACGUGGCCUGAGGAGACGCCCAGUUAGCCGGCAGGACGCGCUCAUCCAGUACAUAACAAAAAUUUCCACAAAAGUGUCAAACGAAACAAAAUGUACGUACACAGAUUAUUUACACAAGGUAGAAUAAUCUGUUGUCAGUAGAAAUACUAUAAUACUACUUGUAUGUAAUAUGGUAUCAUAGUUAAUAAUGACCUCAAUAUUUAUUACAUCACCAAGCGGAGUGGUUCGGUCACCACUGUGCUGUACCGUCUUCCCUGUCAAUCAUUGUUUAUAUUAUUUAUCUACACCCAUGCUUUAAAUUCUCUAUUAAAGAUUCUAAAACCGUUGGCUUAUUGCCAACAUUAUAACACCAACAUCCAAACGAGUGUUGUAAUGAAAUUAAGUACAACAUUACAACACUCGUUUGGAUGAUGUAAUGAUUACUAGAUAGUAAGCUAACUGUUUCAUAAUCUUUUAUAGAGGAUUCAUAUUAUGGGUGUAGAUAAAGUCUUGUAUGCAACUGUUGAUAAUUAGGUAUUAAAACACUCAUGUGAUACUAUUAUGAACACACAUUCGUGUUGUAAUACCCCUUAUUACACAACAGUUGCAUAAAUUACUAUUAAUGUUCUAUACAUAUUAUAUCUAAGACUUAUUUUACACUAAUUGUUGUACAUACACAAAACGUGGGAAACGCAAAAGUCGUAACAAGUUCUAUUACUAAUACUCUAGUAAUAUCUGUCUAUUGUAGAUGUAUUAUUUGUCUGAGGUAUAAUGUUAUAUAAUAUUAAGGUGUUUAAUUGUUGUUGUAUGUAAUUAGUGUUAGUUGUAAGUGUAAUGUACAUUUAAUAUAUUAUUGCAUAUGAAUAAUAAGGGAAAUAUCUAUUAUAUUAUUUAAUUGAUCAUACAAACAUUUAAAUUUGUAAAACUUCAUUAUAAAUAUCGACAACGUCAAUGAAAACAAAAUAAAACUACAUAUGUAAUAUUCUGUAUGCACAUAUUUUAAUUGAGAAAUAAUGUAAUGUCGGGUUCAUCAACAUUAACUUAUCUUCUAUCUGCGAUGGCAAUGCAGGUCGCCUUGCUUCUACCUUCGGCAGCAGUAGUUGGAUUAUAAUAUUUAUUUUGCCAAAGUCUCUCUCCUACUUUUAUAAAAAAGCGUGAGUGUAGACUUUUAUAAAGAUUAUUUUAUCAAUCACACAAGUAUAUUCAAAAUUCAGAUUCAAAUAUUUUUAUUCAAAAUCACUCCCAUUGAAAAUAGACUGCCUCAGACCUGAGAAGAACGGGCACAAUAAACUCUGCGUGAUUUUUUUAUAUAAAAAUAUUGAUUACAAUGUGAUAUCGUACAAUUAACAUAAUAAAUACAUCAUUAUAAUUGAGUACACAACACAAGUGAAAACUACGAGUUUAAAAUACUUGCAAAUCAAGUGUUCACUAAUAUCUAGUAGCUGGGAGAAUACUCCGAGCGAGUUAAACACAUUGGGUACUUUUAAAAAUUUGAACAUAAAACAUACCCCCGACAACAUAUUAUGUUCAAAAUUUCAUUAUCAAAUCAGUAGAUAUGGUGUGAAAGCAAACUUACAUUCACAUUUAUAAUAUUAUAGUGAUAUUUAAAUCUUUUUUCACUUAUCAUGUUAACUUUAUCGUUUGGAUGUUAAUAACAACAUUAUUGUAAAUCUAGUUUUGUUAAAAUAUCAAAUAAAUAAAACCAACAUCUAUAUCAUUUGUGAAAUCACAUUUUCUCACUACACAAUAUUUGUUUUUAUUAAGAUAAGUCAAGCCGUUGACACACACAUGUAGCCCACAGAUUAAUAUAGUAUAUUUUAUUAUCUGUUGCAUGUUGGUACACUUGACAGUUGACAUGUUGAUUGAUUUUUGACACACAGUUGUAUAAAUUACUAGUGGAGUACACAGUGGAGGAUUACCCGGAAUAUACAUUAUUUAAUAUUUUACAACAAUGUUCGUUCAGAUAUUUGUGUAAACAGAGAACUUAGCCAAUUUGCAAUAGUUUCACAGCUAUUCUCCUCCUAUCGUUGGUAAAGUGUUAUUAUUGGAUACAAUUUGACAAUAAUUGAAUCAUUUUGACCACAUGACAACGUAAUUCCCAUUUUCUUGGUUUUUUUUAAGUUUAUAGUAAACUUGGCCAAGAGACAUCACCAUUUAAACUGCAGUUACAAAUAAUUUUAAUAAUAUUUGCUGAUUUUUAAUCGGUGGCAACAUUAUCAGAGGCUGUGUACACGGUAUAACGGCUACUUUUUAAACUUUAAUAACUCAGUCGCCCUAAGACAUUCGCUCGACGCGGACGUGCAAAUAUCAUUUUAACAAUUUCGACGGAUUCCUUCUCCUUAGAAGUUCUAGAAUGUACUUUGUGUAGGUAUUAUUUUAAGGUACCGUUUAUAAUUUGUUAGGAAAAUAUAUUGUGUUUGUUUUUUGUCUGUAGGUAAUUAUUAUGAAAGUGUAUUGUCGACCGUUGAAACUAUUUAUAAUGCUGUUAUUUAUUCCUCGUUUGUUUAAAUUACUCAAAAAAAUACCUAAUUUGUAACAGCUGAUAGGUAAAUGGUCAAAUUAUUGUUGUAUAAGACUCCUCUAGAUAGUUUAUCGGAAUUAAAUAUUGUUGUUGUACAUGUAUGAUGGAUACGUAAAUUCAAAUAAAUUCUAAAAUAAUA